AGAAGUAGAAAGGAAAAGGUGGAAUUCUGCUCCUUGUCCACCGUCCAGCGUUGGUGGCGCAUUAUCGUGUUAGCGGAACCACCACUUCACAUGCAUGACCACAAUUCUUCCAAGUGCCCCAUUAACUUCCAAGUACUGCGGCUAAGCGAAUCUCAUACCUCAGAUGCCCUCUCUUUCUGCGUCUACGAAAACGUCAUCUAGUGAAAUUUUAAUUUUCUUUGAUACCAAUUAGUUCACUCGCAGCUACAACUGAGUUAGUGCAGAGACAAAGGCGGAGAGAGUUCAUUUUCUUUAGCUUUUAAUUCUUCCUCGUUUCGGUUUCUGGCUAUGGCUUCUUGGAUUCUUUUUCCGGCGACUUCUGUCACUGGUACCCGUUGUGAUACGGCAGGAUUCUUAUUCUGGGGUAGGCGUUCGGUGGCUCAGGCAAAGAGCCAGAGGGCCUCGGUUCGCUGCUCUUUGGACUCUUUGGACACAAAAGUUUCUGACAUGAGUAUUAAUGCUCCAAAAGGGUUGUUUCCACCAGAACCUGAACAUUAUCGGGGACCUAAGCUUAAAGUUGCUAUUAUUGGAGCUGGGCUAGCAGGCAUGUCGACAGCAGUUGAACUUUUGGAUCAAGGGCAUGAGGUGGAUAUAUAUGAGUCAAGGACUUUUAUUGGUGGAAAAGUAGGAUCUUUUGUGGACAAACGCGGGAACCACAUUGAAAUGGGAUUGCAUGUUUUCUUUGGUUGCUACAAUAAUCUUUUCCGAUUGAUGAAAAAGGUGGGUGCUGAUAAAAAUCUACUUGUGAAGGACCACACUCACACUUUUGUAAACAAGGAGGGUCAAAUUGGUGAACUUGAUUUUAGAUUUCCUAUGGGAGCACCAUUACAUGGGAUUCGCGCAUUUUUAUCUACAAAUCAACUUCAGACUUAUGAUAAAGCAAGAAAUGCUUUGGCUCUUGCCCUAAGUCCAGUCGUGAGGGCUCUUGUUGAUCCAGAUGGUGCAAUGAGGGACAUACGGAAUUUGGACGGUAUCAGCUUCUCUGAUUGGUUCCUGUCCAAAGGUGGUACACGCAUGAGUAUUCAGAGAAUGUGGGAUCCUGUUGCCUAUGCCCUUGGGUUUAUUGAUUGUGAUAAUAUCAGUGCUCGUUGCAUGCUAACCAUAUUCUCAUUGUUUGCCACUAAGACGGAGGCUUCCCUACUACGCAUGCUCAAGGGUUCACCGGAUGUUUACUUGAGUGGGCCUAUCAGAAAGUAUAUCACAGACAAAGGGGGCAGGUUCCAUCUUAGGUGGGGUUGUAGACAGAUACUUUAUGAUAAAUCCGCCGAUGGUGACACAUAUGUUACAGGACUUGCCAUGUCUAAGGCUACCAAUAAGCAAACUGUGAAGGCUGAUGCAUAUGUUGCAGCAUGUGAUGUCCCUGGAAUCAAAAGAUUACUUCCUACCCAGUGGAGGGAAUCGGAGUUUUUCAAUAAUAUUUAUGAGCUAGUUGGAGUGCCUGUUGUCACAGUGCAACUAAGAUACAGUGGUUGGGUCACAGAAUUGCAGGAUCUAGAACGGUCGAGGCAAUUGAGGCAAGCUGUGGGGUUAGAUAACCUUCUUUAUACUCCAGACGCAGAUUUCUCUUGCUUUGCAGACCUAGCACUUACAUCUCCAGAAGAUUACUACAUUGAGGGACAAGGUUCAUUACUCCAAUGUGUCCUGACCCCGGGUGACCCAUACAUGCCCUUGCCGAACGAGGAAAUCAUUGCAAGAGUGGCGAAGCAGGUUUUGGCUUUAUUCCCAUCAUCUCAAGGUUUGGAAGUUACUUGGUCAUCUGUUGUCAAAAUUGGGCAAUCUUUGUAUCGUGAGGCACCUGGUAAAGAUCCAUUUAGACCUGAUCAGAAGACACCUGUAAAAAAUUUCUUCCUUGCUGGCUCAUAUACAAAACAGGAUUACAUAGACAGCAUGGAGGGGGCAACUUUAUCUGGCAGGCAAGCGUCUGCCUUUAUAUGUGAUGCUGGGGAAGAGUUGGUGGCAUUGCGGAAGAAGCUUACUGCUAUUGAAUCUCAAGAACAAACAGAAGCUGCCAUUGCUGAUGAGCUGAGUCUAGUCUGACGCUCUCAUCUAUUUUUCAAGAUGAAGUGACCCACCUCAAAAAUUGAGGGAACUAGGUGAUGUCUUGCUUUGGAGCACGUUUGUUCAUUAUGUAUGUAAUGUAAGCAAAUUAUGUAAAGCGUGAGACAUUAAUACCAAUAGAAUUCAAUCAAUGCCACCCACCAGCAUUCGGUUCA